GGAGACAGGAGCCAUGGCAGAAGACAGUCCAGUCCAAGGGCUCUGUGAGGAAACGACUUGUUCUAUCUGUCUGGAAUAUUUCAGGGAUCCAGUGAUCAUAGACUGCGGGCACAUUUUUUGCCAAGCUUGCCUCACUGAGUACUGUGGGAAGUUUGGCACAGAUGCCUCCUGCCCUCAUUGCAGAGAAACUGUUCAGCAGAAGAACUUCAGGCCGAACCUGCAGCUGGCAAGCAUUGUGGAAAUAGCUAAGAAAUUCAGCCUUCAUAGACUCAAAGGGGCAGAGACGUCGGGGCCAGUGUGUGAGCGGCAUCAGGAACCUCUGAAACUCUUCUGUCAAGACGAUCAAACUCCCAUCUGUGUGGUGUGUGACAAAGCGAAAGAGCACAGAGGACAUACGGUGAUCCCUAAGGAGGAGGCUUUUGAAGAGUAUAAGGUUAAGAGUCAGGCCUAUCUAGAGUUUCUGAAGGAAGAAAGAGAAGAAAUUUGGUCUUCACAACAGAGUCUGGAGGCUGAAGGCCAGACCCUACUGGAGCAGACAGAGAGAGAAAGACAGAAAAUUAUGGCUGAGUUUAAACAAAUGCACCAGUUUCUGGAAGCACAAGAGCGCCACCUGCUGGCGAAACUAAGAGAUCUGGAUGAUCACAUUAAGGACAAGCGGAAUGCACACAUUGACAAACUUUCUGCAGAAAUUUCUGCUGUAGACCUCCUUAUCAAGGAAAUGGAGGAGAAACAGAAACAGCCAGCAAAUGAAUUCCUGCAGGGCCUUGGAAACAUUCUGCAACGGUGUAACAAGGAAAAAUUUGUGAACCCAGGAGGUUUUCCUCUUGAAUUAAAGCAACAGAUUGAGAACGUCUCUAAAACGCAUCCUUUUCUGGAGACUACGAUGAAUGAAUUCAAAGAGGCUGUGCUCGCUGGACCUGAGGCCGAGAAAGCAAAGUUCACUGUCAGCGGAACCUGUACAAUUCCCACACUAAUUCUAUCGGCGAAUUACUCACCUAAUCUCUGUUCAUUUGCCACCGGACAGCAGUACCCAUCGUGGAGUAAUCUCUACCAAAAUCUCAGCCAGUUUUCUUGUUGGUCCUACGUUAUGGGAGCUGAGAGAAUAAAUUCAGGGACCUGUUCCUGGGAUGAGUAUGUGCAGUUUCAGGUGACGCUGCUAGGAGAAGGGGAGAAUGCCUGCAUGAUGGAGAAGAUGCUUGUCCAUGGUGUUUGUGCAGGAAUGUUCAUGGCUGCCUCUCCAAAGCAUGGCUUCUCUGGAAGUCUGGCUGCUGGCUCCAUGUAG